CAUAGUAGGAUAGAAAUUGUAAUCUACAGUUUUUUGAGAUAUAAUCAAUCAAAUUACUUUUAAUAACUAGUCUAAGUGCAUUGCUGCCUUCAAGUGUGAGAGAAAGUUACCUCUUUCAAAUAAGGAAACUUGCAUCUAAAAGGCACCUUUGGCUCAGUCAGCUGUGUUGAUAGUUACUCAGUGGUACCUGUUCCCUGUUAAAGCUUAACCAGUUUGCUAAACUAACAUCUAUCUAAACCAUUGAAAUGUAAAGGCUUAUAUAUUAAAAAGCUAAUGCUAAUUUCCUAUAUGUCUCAUAUCUUAUUUUUUUCCUAGGUAAAUGCCAAAAGACUUCAAAAUGUUCUUUUUGUUUCCAGAAGAUUCACUGUAGUUCUCACUCUUAAAAUACUCAGAAUUUUUUCUCUUGGUUUCCUGCAGUGCCCUAGUAAAUUAACAACUUUACUCCUUAGCUGUAAUACCUGUGAAAGAGCAUUUGCUGUGAAAGAGCAUACAGUUCUAUGAAGGGGUUGGUGACUGUGUUGCUUCUGUAGCCACAAUAAGGAGCAAGUGUGCAGUGAGCCAUCUGUGAUCUUUGUAAUGCUGUUGACCAGUGUACAGAGACAGUUUGGCCCAAGUCUGAAGGUUAUAUUUCCUUAAGGGAGCUUGAUCUCUUAAAAAAUCUUAAACCUCUCAACUUCUAUAUAGAAAAGCAUAUCUUUUACAGUUAAGGCUGAAAUGUAUUCUUGGGGUGUGUGCAAUAGGGAAAUACUAAAAUAAUCUUGAACUUGCUUUGCCUUUUCAAGACUGGAAAUUCUAGAUUUGAAUAUGAAAGUCAGUAUUGUCGUGCAGUUAACAUCAGUCAAGGCUUUUGCUUUAAUUACAAUACUCACAUCAGAAGCAUUUGUUACAAACCUUCUUUUUGAGACUUUAGAUUUAUAGAAGUGUUGUGUAAAGCCAGCUUUCAUCUUCCUGAGAUUUGAACGUAUUGAGAUCGGCUAUUUAGUAUAUCAGAUUGCUUUGAACCUCACAAAAAUACACUAAUGAUACCACAGAAGGGAUGUAGCUGCAUGCUACAGGAACAGAUAAAAUGUGCACGUGUGGCUUGGGGUGGGGAGAGAAUAGGUCAGGUCUGGUGCCAUAGGUUUAGUCCUGACAAAAAGUGCUUGCUGCUGUUUCUGUUUGGAGGAAGGUGAAAUGUUUGCUCUUCUGGAGCAAUCCUGUAUAAACAGUGAUGAGUUAAAUAAAGUCCUAAUUGAGCUAUUGGUCUAAAGGUGUCUUGUUGGCUUGUAUGCCAUCCAACUUCUUCUGGACCUCCUUGUGUAGUCUGUAGUUUUGAACAGCCUUGGAACAUGUCUUAAUGUAGUGAUGACUCCUUUGAGUGGGUGGCUGGUUUUGUUUUUUUUUUUUUAGUUAACAGCAAACUUGAAUUGUUUAGUGUUGCUGACAAAUGAAAAAUAUCCCACUUGUAUUAAAUGCAAGAGGAAGUGCAGCUUCUGUUAAAGUCUACUGCUAACAUAUCCACUUGUGGUGGGAAAGGCAUUUUCCUACCACUUGUAGAUUAUUUAUAUGGGAUAGAUCAGUAAACUUAUGAAUGAUACCUUUCCAGCACCCUGUCUCCCACAGUACAAAAGCACAAGCACAGUCCUACCUACAGGUGUUGUCCAAAACAUUGACAAUAUCCCAUUUUUGUCCAAGUAGUCAGCAUCCGUUUUUUUGUUAUGGAACUUCAUCUUUUUUGAGUGAGGCUGUUGUAAAGAUGAGAAAAUAUUAGUGGUAUCUUAGUAUUUUAAAUAUUUUUUUUUCCGCCACAGUAUGGAAGCCACAUAAAAUAUGGAGGAAUAAAUUCUCUUUCCCAAACCACUGAAGCAACUGCAGUUGAGAGAGCAGCUUUUGGUAAUGGCUCUAACCAUGUGCUUUAACCAAAUAAUCCCAGUGAUCUAUGUAAUUGUUGUGGAAGAUGGAUUCCAAAACCAUUCAUAAUAGGAAAUACCAGCUCACGUCAUUUGAACCUAAAUAAGAAUCCUUUUGUUUCAAAUACACUGGAUUUGUGCAGGAGGAUAUUCUUGGUUGUUAUUAUUACAAUGCCUGUUGCCCAGUAUCAUAGUGAUAUUUUGGCAUUUGUGCUACUAAGUCAAGCUGAAAGAUACUUGCAGUUCUGGAAGUAGAUUUUACAGAAAGCCAUUCAAUCAAAGCCCAGUGAAUGGUUACUCAGUUUAGAUAAAAGUUCUGUUUUUCUCAUUGGUCAACAAAUUCAAUUUAAGAAAACAAAAAGACUUUUACAAGAAGAAAAUAGAAGGUGAUGCUAGCCUGAUAUAUUUUUUUUUAUCUUCUGAUACUAAUAAAUCAAAUCUGCAGAAGUUAAUCAGGUGGAAGUAGGGCUAUAAUGAUAAUGUUAGUUUGACCAGUUGCCUUGCUUUCAUCUUGGGUCCUAUAUUGUUUUAUCAACCUCUGUUUAUCAGAAGGAUUCAGUCCUAACAUAGAUUUUCAUCAUAAUGAUACCUGUGGAUAAUUUUCUGCAAACUUAAUUGUUUUUCAAAAAAAAGCCACAAUGAUACCAUUCUAAUAUUGUGAGGUAUUUUAAUAUGCUGAAACACCAUUAAGAAUAUCUUUCUUAAGAGAAGAUAUAGCAGUUUAGUGUUUUAAACAGUUAUCACAAGUAAGGCUUUGGGGAAGGAAUGUUCUGCAAUAAAACGUGCACGACACGUCUGUGUAUCUUUGGCCUUUUACCUUUAUCUUUCUUUCCGAUUCUAAAGGUCACUGUUCUUUAGAACUUUUAACUUCUUUUGUUUUUGUAACAGCCACUGUAUGUUCAUAUCUCCUUAAUGAUAUGUUUUUAUGUAUUGCAAAACGAAAAUCAAUAAAUAGCAUUUACUUAAAAGGACAUCUCAAAAGCCACAAAGGUAGUGGGGAAAGAAUUAUCAAGUUAAUCACAAAAGCCUACUACCUUUACUCCUAUUUUCAAACACACUGAUGACCGUCUCAGUGGCUGAAUUGAAAAUGUAUUAUUAGUGUUCAGAUUUUUGCAUCAUUUGGUUCCAAAAAAUAAUCCUUAAAAUGGCUAAUGCACCUGCUCAGGAGAUGCCUCUGUAUGAUAUAAGCUUGUAUUUACAGAAGAAAUGUCUUUGUUUCAGACCAAGGGAAGUAUUUUCCUUUUAGAGCACAACUUUAGAAACUCAGGCCUUGAUCCUGCAGGCAAGUAGGUAUGUAUUAAAUAUUAGCAAUAGCAAUGCCAUUUGAUUGCUUGCCUUCUUUUUUUAUUUAAGUAGUUCAGUAAUAGUUAUGAAGAACAACUUGGUAUUUCUUGCGUCUUAUUCAGUAUUUUGAUUUAACUUUUCUAACAGUGUCAACUUCUCAGAACACUGAUUUUUGGUUGAAAUUAUCUCCCUGCUGCUGCAGGAUUAUUUAGGAAGGUUUCUAUUGCAAUGCCUGAGUCAUAGGUGUUUCAUAUUCUGAAAAGCAUUUUGUUACUGAAAGCACUGCAGAUAAGGAAAAAAGUUUUGAUACCUCUUGUUUUUUGACUACAUAUUGCUGAGUACAGGUUUUAUGUGUUAUAAACCAACUGUACCUGUCUUGAGGCCAAAUGGUGUUGCAGUCCUCUGGUAAUAGCCAGUGAGAAGAACUAAAUAGUGAAUGGAUUAAUAUUGCUGCUAUUUAACGUAUAUAGUAACUACUAAGAGAAAUUAUUUUACAGUCAGUAAUAACCCAAGUACCUCAUUUAGAAGUAACUUUAUACUUAUUACAGAUACUUCUGUAGACAAGUGAUGAUUUUCAUACCUGUUGACAUUGACUAGCAGGAUUCUUGCUCUACCACCAUGUCUGGUUGGCAGCUGUCUCUGUGCACAGUGUUCCAGAAACAUGAUGUUAUUAUAUGAUGUUAUUAAACCAAAUAACCAUCUUGGUGUAAAACUACUUCUGGUUAAACCUGUCGGUUAUAGGUAGGACUACACUCUUUGCCUGAAAGCUUGUACUAAAAUUUAGAUAAAAGGUUUUUGGUGAUUGUUACAAUCACCAAACAAAGGAUGACAAAUAAGACCUUUAAUUAUGUAUCCUGUUCAUUUCCCCACUUUGCCCACAUGUGCAUGUACUUUCUCCCACGUGCAUGUUCUCUUGGCUUCUUGUUAGGUCUCACUAGCCUGGUCUCAUACAAUCCACUUGGAUCUCCUUGAGCUGCCAUUCACUUGCACAUAUAAUUUUCUUUUAAGCCCAUAUGAUACAUUCCUCACUCUUAUGUAGAAUAUAAAUUUGCUUCAGCUACAAAUUGCUUAGCUCGAUUUCUUCCAUCAUUUUUUAUUUUCCAUGGAGUUCCUUUUAAUACAUAUGCAUUUGGACCAAGCUGCCUAUUGAUUUGGUGGAUAGGUGCUGUUGCUGGUGUAUUGAUUCACUUACAGUGCCUGCAGGAGUUGUUGGCAUGAGGAUCAUCCUUCUUAUUCUUGCACAAGUUGCAAGCAAAUAUGGAAUGAGUUCAUCACUUCAUCCCAGAGUUGUUUCAGUUUCUAAGUGUGUGAAACUGUUACUACACUGCUUGCUGUUCUACUCUGAAGAUGGCUAUGAAUAAUUCAGUUUCUUCUGUUGUAAGGUUGAUGAAUCAACUGCGUGUAGGAGGAGUGUAAAAUCAAAUAUACGUAUACUACGUGUAGGAGGAGUGUAAAAUCAAAUAUACGAAUAAGGGAGGGGAAAGCUUACAGUAGAAGUUAAAAUUUAUAAUUUAAGAAAUAUCCUAAUUUAUGUAGUUCUUACUGAGCCACCUUUUCGGCAGGUAAAGGACAAUAUGAUUGCAUUUUACAUAUUUUAGGCAUCAAGUUAUUAACUACUUGCUAUUUAGGAUGUUCAUCAUCAAGCAGUACCAAAUCAAAGCUGCGAAGUUAAAAGAAUACACUUUGUCUCCUAAAACUUUAAUGUUGGGGAUAUAUGAAAAUUCUGACGGGUAAAGUAAGUUACACUUUUGCAUUAUAUUGCUAUAAUCCUUUGUCUUCUGAUGCAUUGCUGUCUGUUAUUUCUGUAAUUUUAUUUGUAGCUUGAAGCUGUAGUAUGGAACAGAUAUAAAGAAACUGUUAACUAGAGGUGGAAUUAGUGUGAUUUGCUUUGGAUGUAUAGGGCUUAAGUAAAGACUUGAUGGAACUAUUUGGAUGUAAUUUUCAAAACAGGAAUUUAGGCUACCAUUAAUAUUCAGGAAUGAUAGGAAGCUGAAGCUAUGUCACCCUCUUAAGUUACCUUGGCCUAAUGCUUGGUGAUUAUCAUGGUGAGUGAAUACUAUUAAUGAAGAGCGAAAUAUGGAAUAAAAGUAAUGAAUAUUUCUGAGGUAUUUUAGGGGUACUUUAAGGUCAUGUAUGUAGCAUCACACAACGUUUCUAGAGUAACUAUUGGAAGAGGAUUUUUAAAGCUGUUUUUAAUUUUGUUCCAUGUGUAACAAAUCACUACAGAUUAACAAUCUAUUAAUAAUGGUUCAUUUAAAAAAACUUUAAAUUUAGAAUUCCUGCCUUAGUGUUUAGAUUGGAGGAAAUCCUUUAUGUAGCAUAUUGUAUUUCUUGUAAUAGGUAUACUAAACUUCAGUUGCAGUGUCUUGCAAAUGUAAACCUUGCUGAUGUAGUUACUGCUUUUUAAUAGAUCAUUGACCCGUCAAUCAGACUCUGACCAUUUCAGAGAUAAAAAACUAGGCUUUCAUUGGCUUUUGGGAAUAGAGCACCUUUCCACAAAUUAGGAAAUGGUGUAAUAAUUAACAGGUAUAAUGGAUAUGUGCAUUCAGGUUUCAGUUGUAUCUUUAUGAGCUUUAGCUCCUGUUAUCUGUGGUGUAGUUAACCCCCUGUCUGCCCACAGAUAAUUUAAUUACAGUAUAAAAUGCUAAUAGGAUUGAUAGAUUUUUUUUGUUUAUUUUUUUAAGAUCUAUGAUGAAUUGUUCUUUCAGACUUUUUAUUUAAAACAAGGCCCAGAACUUCAUUAACAAAACUCAUUAAAAUAGUAAUAAUUCCAUUCUAAAGCAUCAUAACAAAGGUUCUGUAUACAGUUUUGCAUGCAGAGGAUUUAGGUAAACUUUAAUUUAUUUUUCUUUCUGAUUUACAGACUUAAAUGAUUUUAGGUACUGAUGUUUCCUAGUAUAGGAAGGAGUUUAGUAUCUUUGACCUAAAAAGUCACUUGAAAAUUGCCAAUGGAGAUGAUUUGGUAGUGGACUUAUUAUGUGAACCAGAAAGUAGGCAGAGGUCACUUACCAUUCCUAAGCUCUAAGUAUUGUAAGAAUAAUGUAAGUUUUAGGUUUUGAAAAUAUAAAUUAUAUUUUAGUUGAAAAAAAUUCAUAAUUAGCAUAAAGAUUUAAUUGCUUUGGUGUAAUCAUAGAAAGGCUUGGGUUGGAAGGGAUCUUAAAGAUCAUCCAGUUUCAACUCCCCUGCCUUGGACAGGUACAACCUUUCACUAGACCACGUUGCUCAGGGCCCCAUCCAACCUGGCACUGAAUAUACUGGCACUGCAAAAUAUGAAUAAAGAAAGCAAAUCCUAAGUUCAGAGAAGUUACAGAACUGGAAAGUUAAGGGAAACUUUCUGAAUCUAUAUUUAACUUACUAAUCUUUAAACAUGACAAGAACCAAAAGAGCAGUGAUACUUAAAAUGAGAGGCUGAUGAAUUACUGUAUAACUGGACUUUUACCAAGAUAGAGAAAUUAUUUUUGUUUUAGAAAGUGUUUUCCUAUUAAAGUAUUGUUGACUUCUCAGUUAGCAAACAUUUCACAUUUUAUAUGCAAUACUGUUACAGAUGUGUUCUUAUUUACCAGAUAUUUAUUCAGAACACAUUUGUAUGGAGGCUCACAUCUUUGAAUUCAUCGGUCUACUGGAAGACUGGCAUAGACAUCCUUCUAUUAUAAAUUCAGUUUAAUCUAUCUCAGGGAAAUGCAGUUGCCUAAUGAUACCAGUUGUCCCUAUAUGUUUAUGGUAGUAGAUUUUGGCAGUGUUCAGUUUAUUUUGUUUUAGUACUGUAGCAAGACAUCACUUACAAUUCAUACAUCUUUUUCAUGUCAAUGCUGCCAAGGUAUAAGGUGUGUUUAUAAAAGGAAAUACUUGGAUACUCGUCUAAAAAGAAAAGUAUUUUCAAAGUACCCCUUUAAUAUUAGUCACAGAUGUGUGUUUAUAAAUGUAAAUGUAAAAAGAUGAGGCUUUUUGGAAGAAAAAGCAGAAAUUUUUCAGUUAUAUUUGGCAGUGUCAUGCCUGCCGUAACUUGAGUCCUAAUUACUGCAGUUGCAAUAGGAAUUAGCUGGUUUAGACUAUGCUGUGAGACUGUGCCAAAAUCUUCCAGGUCCCCAAAAUGAAAUCCUCAAGGGAGAAAGGUGUAAGGGGCAUAGCAGUUGUCUUUUUCAAGUAUGCCAAAAUAACAGCUUUGUUCAAUUCAGACUCUGCAUAAAGACUUUGAGUGUAAUGUGUGUGUGUAUAUAUAUAUAUAGAGAGAGAGAGAGAGAGAGAGAGAGAAGAAAGUCUGGGGCUGUUAGGAUGUGUUUACAUUUACAUCUUGUUGUUUUCAUAAAUUGGUAAUGCUUUUGGUUAAAAAUAGUAUAGUAGUACUUGGGAAUUAAAAAACAGAUCUAAUUUUCCAGGAACUUAAUAUGGGGAGUAGACAGAAUUACAAACAAAAAACCCAGUGCUUAUUAUUCGAUUCUUCAGUGAUGGUUCUCCUUCAAGUCUUAACUGGUUAAUUAAUUGUUCAACCCUGAUUAUAGGAAGAAUACACUUGAAAUAUGAUACAGGAUAUCUCUGGAAGUAGAGUGAAGUAUAGCUGCCUUUCUAGGGUCUUCCUUUAUACUGAACUUCAAGUAUUGAAAUGGUACAUUUAGCCCAUGAAAUAUAUAAUUGUCUAAAGGCUUUCCUUUGUCACUCUUUCCUUUGUCACACUUUAAGCUAUAAAGUGCAGAAAUUUGCUCCAGUACAAUAUGUGAAGUCCUGCAUUUUAUAUACAAAGUAAUCUAGGACACUUGGCAGUUUUUUUAUUUUAAUUCUGAGUAAUUUACACUAUGGCAUCUUAAACACUAACUUUUCUAUGACUACAAAUCUCUGAAAGGUCUUGCAACUCCAGGUUGUAAGAUUGCCUCUAAACAUACUGUUCUAAUUAUCUUAACUAUUUAGCAGCUAAAUUAGCAUUCCAGUGUGCACAGAACUCAAGAAUUGAAGUAUUGAAUGGACUCAUUUAAAAUGUGCUAUAGAACAAAAGAGGUUGAAAUGGCAUAGGCUUGUGUCAGAAUUCUACAGUUCAACAUCUUUUUUUCUACAGAACAUAUGUGCACUAAAUAUUUUGGAAUCUAUUUGAACCUUUUAUUCAUUUGAACCUCCUUAUUAAGAGUCAUUCAUAUUGUUAUACUUUAGUGUAUAAGAUUAAGAAAGAUACCCAUUUGUAAAGGCUGUAACCAAGGUAAUCACAAAUGAAAAAGUUACCAGUAGACUUAGAUAUUUUAAAAUGGAAGAAAUUAUUUAAUCUCAUCACUUAGGUUACACUUCUGAAGUUCAUUUAAACGAAUCAAAACAUUUUCUGUUUGUCACAGAUUUGUUACUGAACUUGUUUUUAUGUCAUGUAUUGAGUAGACUUUUAUCUGCAGAACUUACUAACAUCACUUACUUAGGGGUUCAACCUCACUAUCACUUUACUUUGUCUUUUCCUUAUCUGAUCCAUUAUUUUAGUGUUGAACUGUAAAUUCUGUCUUUCUGCUUAUUUGUAUAUUGCCAUUCUUUACAUAACUGAAAGCUUUCACAGGUUUGAGAAUUAUCCUUUAAAAGUUACAUUCUUAUGAGACUAAAUUUAGAUGUACAACUACAGAAGUUUGGAUACUCUGUUUUAAGCAUUCAUUUUUUAAUGAGUAUAAAACUGAAUGCAGACAGUUACUGUGUUUUGUACCUUCUUUGAAUUUUGCCAUAUCUAAUUUUAGUGGUUGUAUAUUGCUUUUCCAGUGAUACCAAUAAUAUAACAGAGAUCAGUGUUUCAGGAUGUUUGUAGGUUUUCCAUGUUAAGUGAUCUUUAGAAAUACGCAGAUUUAUCGACCCCUAGUGGGGUUGUGGGGAAAAUGGUUGCUAAUUUAAUAAGUGCUAAAUGAAAAAUUUGCAUAUUUUUCGAUGCUGUAUUUGUUUCAAUGCUCUUUUCCUUCUCUUCACAGCUGGAUUAGCUCUUGAAUUUUUUCUGGCAUUCUCUACAUCUGCAGAAGUACCUAUUGCAGCAACUUCUGUUAGCAAUAACACUCCCAAAACAUGUAGCUAGACAUCAGCAUUUUAAUGAACACUCGUAGUUUUAGCUGCAUAUUUUAAAAUUAUAUUUGUAAUUAUAUGGCAGAAAUUUAAAAAAAUAGAAGGUCUUUUGUGCUAUGUAAGGUGGGCUUAUUUUAAAGUAGCUAGAAAAGCUACUUCUUGAGUCGUGUGAUACUGCUUAAAUGAAUUAAAGCAAAUUCUAAAUCACCUGCUCAAAUUUCACUGACCUCUUAGUGCUUAUUAAAUAAUUAUAAUUUAUUAGUAGUAGCCCAAACACUUCAGUUUCUUAAACCAAUCACUUAAUAUAGUGGUUGUAAAAUAGCCUGUAAAAUAUUGCAUUACUAGCAAACUUUAAUUUUAAAUGGCUCUAGUGUUUUUAAUCAUUUAGUUGAAACUCUAAUUUUCUGGGAGAUGAAAUUAUCUCCUGUGAAAGUUUCUUACAGGCAUUUAUUUCACAUGAAUUAAAAUCAAAGUACUGAAUAAUGAAUUCACAUACGACUGUUGAAUUAGCAAUAAUAAAUGAAGAUAAAUAGCUCGAUAAUUAAACUUAAUUUUAACUUCACUAUGAUGUGUUUCCCAAUAUCAGAAUCAGAAACUAGGGAGUACUGUAAUUUAUUUUUCUAUGCAAGUUUGACACAAGAAAUAAAUAUUAAAUAUUUUUAAAAUAACUUCCAUUUUUUUAGAUAUUGUACAUUUAUUUUUAUAGGCUUUAAGUAGUAAAGUAGUGUUUUUACCAGUUAAACUGUGAAAUGCUCCUUUGAAUUUUAUGUAUUUUUAAAGUUGUUAAGAGAAAGUAAAAUAUUUUUUUUGCAUUUGCUAAUAUUUAUUAUUGUGCUUAUUGCAUAAGCCACAUUAUUUAAAGUCAAACUUGCACAGCAGUCAGACAUGUCAAAAAGACCUCAGAUUCAUGUUUUUGUGGGAGCACCCCAUAUUCCAGGCCCACUGGACGUGUUAGAGCAAAGUAGUUCAGCACCUACUGCUGAAAAAUGGAGAGAGCUGCACUAUUUGUGUGAUGCACGUGGCCUUUUUUCUGAAAAAGUCCAAGGUGCUGCUGACCCCUCAGUGUUCCAGGCAGGAAACUCCGUAGUCAGAGCAGUUCCUACAAGGGAUGGCAGCGCUCAGCAGUCUGAACAGGGAAGGUCAGUGGCAGCAAAAGAAUGUUUGACAUCUCUUGUACCCGUGGCAGUAAGUUGUGCCAGCACACCUAAAGAGACCAAAAGUUUAACUUAUUCUGACUGUCAGAUAUCUAAGGAUAGAUACACACCUGCAAAUGUAAAUCAGGCUGCAGAUCAACACCUUCCACAGAACUUUACAGAAUCAGCUGGACAAGACAAACCAUCGCGUGGCUGCUGUUCAGACCUCACGGAGAGCAAAGCCGGUCGUUCGGAAGUGAACAGCGCCGACAUUUCCGAGUUGGUUGCCAGUACGAAGCAGAUCAGCAUAAAUCUGUCUGUGGGACUGCAGUCAGGUGACAGAAGUGAUCAUCGUGAACAUCUAGGCCAAUAUCUGGAUACGGUUUUCCGAAAAAGUCAAGGGUCAAAACCGAAAGCACCAAACGGUUGUUCGAACUUCGCAGUGUCAGCAGAUACUGAGUUUCGCAGUGUAGUGACAUCAAGUCAGAUGGCUGUUCUUGCACAGGAGCAGAGUGAGAUGCUGGAAAGAAUCAUAAAACUGUCAGAAACAGAAGCAGGAAAAAAACCUGAAGAAAGGCAGUAUGAUCACUUCCAAUUUGAUUCUGGUGUUGGAACGUGUACUAAUGUGGCGGAAAAUGAAUAUAAGGAAGACUAUACAAAUUCUCUUGAUCUUUUCAGUUCUGAGGAUGAUGGGGAAAAUGUUUGUUUUGAAGCUACAAAACAAGAAGGAAGUGCUCAGGAAAACAUAGGGAAAUUACAAGAAAUUGAAAUUCCUGCUGAGCCCUUGGUAAAUGAAAUCCAUAUUGAACCACUGAGCUCUGGAAUAUUGUGCUCUCAAGUAGACAGUUCUCAUAAGAACUCUUCUAAAAGACCCCGCAAGUGUGAAGAUUCCUUUCAUCUUUUUCACUCAGCAUUUAAAAGGCAGCUGGUAUCCAAGAGAGCUAAAUUGAAUUCUUCUCCACCUGGUCCUGGUACUAGAGUGGAUCAAGAGAGGAUGACAGAGUUCAAGAAACUUCAGAAGAAACUAUCAUCACUUAAGAAUUGCUGCUGCAAAAAUCAAAAGUACAAUGUUUUGGUCACAGUAGUACAUCCUUCUCAUAUCAAAGAAAUACAAGUAAAGACUAGACCGAAAUCUCCAUGUAAAGUUCCUGUAGCAACAAUUGUUGUUAUUGACCAGUCAGAAACUGAGAGAAAGGUGGUGCUGUGGCGUGGUGCUGCAUUUUGGUCCCUCACUGUGUUUCCUGGGGAUGUUGUGCUGCUUACAGAUAUAACAAUGUAUGAGAAUCUUUGGUGUGGAGAAAUCAUGCUUCAAUCUACAUUUACCAGCCAGUUACUGAAUCUGGGGAACUGCUCAACUCUCAGUCCAGAAGAAUUUUAUCCUUUAGGGGAUUACGGUGUUCUCCGUGGCUUGUUGGCAUACAUAUCAUCAGAAUUUCCACACUUCAGAGACAUUCCACGAAGACAAGUUCAGAGACUGGAUAGUGUUCAGUACAUGCAGCUAGAUCAGCUCCAGCCAAACACAUUGGUGCACUCAAUCCUGAAAAUUAUCGACAUUGCUGUAUUAACAGAAUCUGUGUAUAGCUACAAAGGUGGCAGGCAGAGAAAAAUUAUUUUAACAGUAGAACAGAACAGAGAUCAACGCUAUAGGAUGGUUCUGUGGGGAGCAGGGGCUGCCUGGUGCCCUCAGCUUCAAAGGAAAAAAGAUCACAUAUGGGACUUCAAAUACCUUCUGGUCCAACGUAGUUCUGUCUCAGGUGACUUGGAACUGCACACAACUCCAUGGUCAUCCUGUGAGUGCUUGUUUGAUGAUGACAAAAGGGCAAUUGAAUUUAAAGAAAAGUUUCAGAAAAGCCAAACAUCCCUCAUGCAGUUGACAAAGCUCUCAGCACACUUGGAGGAAAAAUGCUCAGGAGUGAUUCAAGUGAAAGCCCAUAUCUUAGAAUUGAAGUUUACCAUUUCAACUGGUCAGUACAAGCAACUCAUCUUCUCUGCUGACACUUCACUGGAGUGUGUUUUGGCUUCUCUGCCUAUGAUUACAUAUUCAGGUUGUGCCAAAUGUGGUUUGGAACUGCAGGCAGAUGAGAACAUGAUCUACAAGCAAUGUAUUAGAUGUUUGCCAUACAACAAAGUAAAAAAAUUCUACAGACCUGCUCUGAUGACAGUAGAAGAUGAAGGAUAUGAAAUUUAUGUUCACGUCGUGUCUGAGUUGAUGGAAAAAAUCUUCCUCAAUAUUCCUGCAGACUGGCUGAACAGAUUACUAGUGCCCUCCUCAGAUAUAACCUACAGCACAGUAGUAGCAGAUCUGUGUCAUUCGCUGCUAACAGAUACAGAAGCAUCCUAUUUGUUGGAAAUCAGGAGCCAUUUUGUGCUAGAUGAGAACAGCUACCCUUUGCAAAAGGAUUUCCAUCUGCUAAAUUUUCAUCCUGAUCUUUGAAGUAUUGACCUCUGCGGUAACUGAGUAACAAAGACCGUAAGAACACACAGAUGGUAAUCAGAAGAAAAACGAGUUAGGUGAAGGAAGCAAAUAUUUUUUAAAAAAUUACAAUAAAGGACUUUAAUCUUAACUUAUGAAAAAAGCAAAACCACCUAAAGGACUGAUAUGGAAUAUGUGCUAAUAGUAUAUACUACUGCUGUAAUACUGGUGAAUUGUCAUAAAGUAUAUUUUUAUACCUGUAUUUUUAUCUUAAUAAACUCUUCCUGGGUA